AUGCCCCCGCUUCGUAUCGCCAUCCUUGAAUGCGACACCCCAGUCGAGAAAGUAAACAACAAAUAUGGAGGCUACCGCGGUGUAUUCUCCCUCUUGCUCCGCGAAAGCGCUGCAGCACUAGGUCAGCCCGAUAAGCUAGACCCAGAAACCGGCCUCGAGAUUAGCGGCUGGGACGUGGUGACGGCGCAAGAAUACCCCAACCUGGAGGACGUAGAUGCAGUUGUUUUGUCCGGGUCCAAACAUGAUUCUUUCGAGAACCACCCAUGGAUCCUGAAGCUGGUUGAAUUCACCAAGAAAGCUUUCGAAGACAAGCGCGUUAAGAUAUUCGCCAUCUGCUUCGGCCAUCAGAUCCUGGCACGUGCUCUUGGCGCCAGGGUUGGUCGCAACACUGCAGGAUGGGAAAUUGCAGUGUGUGAGGUGGACUUGACGGAGACUGGAAAGGAGUUGUUCGGGAGGGAUAAGCUUCGCAUUCAUCAAAUGCACCAAGACAUUGCAUACGGAUACCCGUCCGAGGUAGUGUCCCUGGGCGCCUCCCCGAGAUGUGCAGUGCAGGGCAUGUAUGUCCCGGGGAAGUUGAUUGCUCUCCAGGGCCAUCCCGAGUUCAGAGAGGAUAUCAUCUCCGAGAUCAUUAAUAUGCGGACUGCGUCUGGUCUCUUCUCGAAAGAACAAUCAGAAGAUGCCUUGAGUCGCGCAGGUCUCCCACACGACGGCAUCGCGAUUACCAUGGCCUUCCUGAAGUUUUUGAUCUGA